AUGUUUCUUCCCAAUCUUGUUCCAAAACAUACCCAGCAUCUAUGGAUGGAUGAGGGCUCUUCUUCCAACUACAGAUACUUGAGAAAAGGAAGAGACCAAGCUGAUGACAGGUUGAUGAUAUUGCAACAGCAGCACUGCUCCCAAAACAGUGCACGAAACAAUCGAUUGCCUCUGCAAUUACAGUCUUUGCCUCAAAAUGUUCCUUUUGCUCCUCCAUUAUCGUCGUAUUCUUCUGCCCAGGUUGGUGCAAUGCUUUCCAAUAAUCCAUUAUCGUUGCCAAAAACUUCCUCUUCUUCAAUUUUUGACCAGGAAAUUCAAUCAAGAAUAUCUUACUUAAACUCUAUCAAAACGCUUGGUUAUGGCUAUAUAAAACCUCUAGGUAUUGGAAAAACAAUGCAAACUUUAAUAGAGGAAAAACAGUCAUCAGAACAAAAUAGAAAACAAAAUCAGGAUAUAAUGGCCACUGCUGAAGUCGUUUCCACUGAUACAAAUGAUUUAGAUGGGGCACAGGCUGAAGGUACAGCGAAUAAUUCUGAUAUUACAAAUGUUUUGAAUAAUACUCCAAUGCUUGAUGUUGGUAAUGACAGACUGCAAGAGAUAGAUCUCGAUGCUAAUAUAUCCGACCAGGAUGAUUUUAUCAGCAAUAAUAAUAUUAGUAAUAACAGCAAUAUUAAUGAUAACAGUAAUGGCGACGAAGAAGAUGAUGAUUUUGACAUUAAUAAUAGCAAUAACAUACAGAAUAGUGAUGAUUUAGAUGAAUUUCAAACUGAUGAAAGUGAUACUGACGAUAUCAUUCCUCAUCGACAAACUCGACAAAAUAGACUAAACUACAGAGAUUAUGGUUUUAAUUAUGAAAAUUAUGAUUCAAAUAUUCAUGAUAUAGCAACUCAGGAUGAUUUCAUGGCUGCAGAUGAAGAAUAUGAGACAUCAAGUGAUAAUGAAAUUUUAAAUUCAAGUAAUUCAAAACUUGGCUCGUUACCAACUGUUUCUCGAUCAGCCUUUCCAAACACUUAUUCUUCAAAUCAAUCAUCUCAUAAUAUGAACAAUAAUAACACUAAUACUCCUAGUACUUCCAAUACUCUUAAUACUUCUAAUAAUAAUAAUAAUUCUAGAAAUAAUAAUAAUGGUACAAAUAAUAAUACUUCAAAUAUUAUCAAUAAUAAUCACAAUAAUUAUAAUGCUCAUAAUAACAAUAAUUUGAAUAUUGAUAAUAUUACAACUGAUUCAAACACUGACUCAAACAAUAAUAGCAGUAAUAUUAUUAUCAAUAUUGAUCAUAUUGAUCAUAUUGAUAAGAAUAAUGGUCUUAAUGAACAUAGUACUAUAAACAAUACCAUCAAUAAUACCAUCAAUAAUAUUAGCAUUAGCUCUCUUCAAAAUGAAAACAGUAGUUUUCAAAGCAUUGAUGAAGCCUCGACAUUAAAUGAUGAAAAUAACCCUGAUUUGGUCAAUGACUCCAGAUAUGAAAGAGCUGAUCUAAGUGCUUUUCAUGAGACUGAAACUGAAAUGAUGAUUGAUGAUGAUUAA